AUGUCUCCCUCUCAGGUCGCCUCCUCGCGUCUGGCCCAGAGCCGAGGCAGCGCGCGCGGUGUCUGGGGCGGCCGUCGUAGUCUCCUCUUCCUGGUCUGUCUCCUGGCUCUCCUGGCCGAGCGGGCGGGGGCGUUCCAGGCGGUCGUGGAGCUGGGGCCCGGACAGCGGCGGUGCGUCGGCGAGCAGCUGUCUAGACACGUCCUCGUCGUGGGCGAGUUCCACAUCAUCUACCCCGUCGCGGCGACGUCGCAGGGCGGGAACAUGUUGGUUGUCGCGGAAGACCCGGUGAACCACGCGCCGAUCUUCAAGCAGCAGGGGAAGGACCACGUUCGCACGGCCUUCACGACUGCACUCACUGGGACGCACACCUUUUGCGUCUCGAACACGGGCAGACUGAAGUUGACGGUGGACUUGCGCAUGGUCUGGGGCCCGGAGGCGCGCGACUACAGCCAGAUCGCGAAGGCUGAACAUCUCGACGAGGUGAUGGUGCAACUCCUGCGCCUUCAAGACCGCCUGAAGCUGUACCACGCGAACGUCCUGUACAUGCGCGAGAAAGAAAGCAAGAUGCGCGAGGCGAGCGACAGCACGGCCAGCCGACUCAUGACCUUCUGCAUCGUCAACAUGGUCCUCCUCGUCCUCGCGGCGCUCGCGUCCGCCUACUACUUCAAACGCUUCUUCCGCUCAAAGAAAAUCAUCUAA